GCCCCCCCCCCCCCCCUGAACGACCCUCCAGCUUUAUACCCGCGCAUCAAAUACAUCGGACCAUAUAUUGUUCGAUAUUACACCAGAUGGCGGUCGGAACUAUACGGGGAAGAAGAAGAAGAAGAAGGACCAGUCACAUUCGGUAUUUCAAAGCUCUGGCCUGAGAAUGAUCUUAGGGUAAUAUUCACUUCCUGUGAAAGUGAAAGUAGACCGUAUUGCUGGUAGGCUUAUUAUACAUGAGCAGCACUGUGAGCACAUAGUGACAUGUAUAUUGGAUGUUUUGCUUUAUCAUGACGAAACCUGUAAGUUGUAGUGUCGUUAAAAUUACCAUAAUCAUGAACAAUGGAAGUAACUUUUUAAAAAAUAUUUCGAAAAUGUGUCGGGGCCCGGAUUAGAGUCGAUCAUUACAUAUGCACAUGUUCAUGAUCAUGAUGUUGUACGAUGAAUACUUAUACGUGUGUCUGUAUCUGUAUCUUGCCAUCUCAAACUGUGAACGCACAUCAAAGUAGAAAGAACAAAAGUAAGUCGUAACCGCCGCUCUUGAAAUACUAGUUGGAAGCCCUCGAUUGACAUACAGGUAAUUCUCGAUGGCUCGAACUUUGAUCGCUCGAAGUUCUUGAUUGCUCGAAGUGAGUCCAGGGUCCCAAUUUUUUCCCCUAUAUAACUAAGCAAAUUUACUCUUGAUUCUCGAACUCUUGAUUUCUCGAAACCCUUGUUCCCUCGAAGUCAAACUGCAGUCCCGUAAAGGCCGUUAUUCAUAAUCUAUAUUUUUUUACUCUCGAUACCUCGAAGUCGCCUUGUAUCUCCAAGCGCCAUACCUAAUUUACACCUACUUGGUCAUUUAAAUGGCUCAAGGCGUUAGAAGCGGGACCCGUGUCACGGUUUGUUUAUUCAGGCGACACUUGUCCUGCAAGGUGAUAUUUGUUUGGUGAUUGACCAUACCGAUACUUACAUGUAGUCUAUAAUUAACACGAACCGUUUUACGAUAAUUUGGAGACGCAAUGAAAAUGAAAAAUUGAUUGAGAAGAAACAAUAAUAUUGAGCCUUGGUCAAAUUUUUGAAUUAUAAAACUGUAAAAAUUAUGCAUAUCAGCAUCGUUGUCAUUAUAAUGAUUAUUGCUAAACAAGUUCUUACAGCUGGUGAAGGACCCUUACGGUGGGAACAAUGCGUGAUACUCAGUUAUCACAUUUAUGACAUGUCGAUCGCCUCGCAGUACAGUAGUUCUGAGCAAUCCGGUCUUAAUAUGAUGCAUAAAAUAAAUAAUAAUUAUGAAUUUAAUUUUUUCAAUAGUUGUUUGUAUUUAGUUUUAAAAACAUCCAGUUCUGUAUAUUUUACUGAAAAGAAAAGGUACUUGUUAAAGCAUGUGCGUAAGGUUAUCACUAAAUCAAUGGCUUAAUCAUAACAUCCGGUAAGACUAAUUUUAAAACCUGUCGGUCAACCCGGAAAAUUAAAACCAAACAAGGGAUUUAAAAUGAAUUUCUCCCAUGUGAUCUAUGGAUGUGUCAAUUACUGUAUUGUGUAAGUACAGUUUUUCCAUUUUUCUUUUUUUUGUACGUGUACAUGUACUGUAAAAAUGUAUUUCAGGUGCAGAUAAGCUUGAAUAAAGAAGCAGUAAACCCAAUGAAGGCGAAGAGAAUAAGGCCAGAUGAGGAUGCUAAAUUUUGGUGUCAAGCAGGUUUAGACAAGGAUGGAUUUGAAAAACGAUUCAUUAAUAACACUAUAGGAUUCGGUGUAUUUACAACAGCAUUUUUCCAAAAGGGGGCCUUUCUUUUAGAGUAUGUUGGCAAUCGAAUAAGUGAAAAAGAGGCUGAAAUUCGAGAGAGAAAACGCAGGAAGAAAAAACACAGUUACAUGUUUCAUUUCAAAUGGAAUGGGAAACAUGUUGUUGAUGCUACAGAUGUACCAGAAAGAAUGUGCCGUUAUGUCAAUGAUGACAAGAAGGCAAAUGCAACAAUGAAAUUGAAAGUUUUCAAUAAUUAUCCAAGGCUGUGUUUGUUUGCUCUACAAGAUAUACAUAUUGGAGAAGAAAUACGUUAUGAUUAUGGUGAUGAGAAUGUUCCUUGGAGGCAACACUUUCAUAAAACUAAGAUGGAGAUGAAGACAACUGAAGUUACAGAUGAUGAUGAUGAUGACCCCUUUGAUCUCAAAAAGCCAAGGUUUUCAGAGAAAAAGGAACAAUGCCAAAGCAAGGCCAAAGUCAGUUGCAUGCUGGAAAUGAUAGACUUAGUGAUGAUGAUGACAUAGAUGAGGAUGCUCUUUCUGGAACAAUGUUAAAGCAAGGCAAAGGUCGAUUGCAUGCUGGAAAUGAUAGACUUAGUGAUGAUGAUGACAUAGAUGAGGAUGCUUUUUCUGGUGAGAA